UUUGACAAGUGCAACACGGAAACAGGCCACGGUUGCAAGUGCAAAUAAACACGUAAAACUAAACGACCACUCAUAGUAUUUGUCGAUUAUUUGAUAACGUCGAAUUGAUUAAAUGUGCAAGUAUUUAUAGAAAUCUGUACCCAUGAAUUUGGGUCUGUUUAAUCGAGUUAACCUGAAAGAUACUCCAGGUAACAAAGGCAUGUAUUCUGAAUGGACAUCACUAAGUCAACAGGUACAGAACUUUGGAGAUGCCGGCCACAGUGUGCUGGAGAAAUUCGGCAUUGCACCAAGCAAGGAAGUAACAAGUCAAAUUGUCAAACAACUUGCUAGCAACCUGGGCCACACUCAGGUGCCAGAGCCCAGCCUGCUAGUCACCGACCAUGAAGUGCAAUGGUGUAUGGAUGUCAUCUGUUACGGGCUAUCGCUGCCGCUUACCGAACACGACGCAAUAAAAGAUUGCGCGAAUAUCUACUGUGAAUGGCUGAGCGCACUUCUACCGGCGGAACCGCGCGUUUGCGUGCCAAAGCCGGUUGUCGACGAUCCGAAUGUGUACGCGCGGAAAAUCAUUCAGCAUUUUCAUUAUUUAUUUAUUCCUAGGAAGGGUGAAGACUGGGCUUUUAUUUAUCAGGAUAACUUGGGUAUUGACAUAAUAAAUCGCCAGGCAGUGGUCUGCCACAGAGUACUUCGAACCUUGCAGUUGAUCGCACAGGAAAGCAAAGUUCUCGAGCGUUCCACGUGGGAAUCUCUCUUGCUGUUUCUGCUGGCUAUUAAUGACACAUUGCUGGCUCCACCGACAGUAAAAGACGACGUCGCCGACCAACUCUGCGAGCGCAUUCUCAGCGUUCUCUUUGAAAUAUGGCUGCUUGCCUGCGUGCACAAUUUUCCAUCACCGCCGCUCUGGAAAACUCUGCGUGAAAGUUGCAUGAACUGGCGGCAUAGAAUCGCACUCGUCGAACAAUGGAAUCGCGUCAAUCUAGCACUUACUUCAAAACUGUUGUCGUUUAUGUAUGGACCAACUUUUCCAGAGUUAAAAAUCGGCGAAGAUGAUUUAAUACCGUCGGGAAUGACGGAUGACUGCAUUGCUCAGAGUUGGUACCGUUUUCUCAACACAAUUGGUAAUCCGGUUCAGUUGACCAAACCAGAUGUCAUCAGUCAGACGCAGAAGUUCAUGCAGUUUGCAUUGGGUAGUCCUGGUCCAUCCGUUGCCGAUCCCUGCCAACAUCCGUCUCUGCAAUCAUUGCCUUUGAUAUUUUUGAAGGCGAUGAAGGGCAUUGCGGGACAGGUGGACGCAUUCUUAGGUAUUGCGCAGCCGAUUUCCUGGGAGGCGAUGGUGAUGGGUGGCGGACCGGAUAAGGCGAAGGACGGUGGCGCUCAAGGUGGUGCUACGCCAUCGCCGACGCCGCCUACGCAACGCCGUCUUGCGAAAAGUUUCAGCGUCGCUCCUUCUUCCACUUCUAAGGGUGCGCCGAGGAUUUCGUUGAUGGGGGUGACAAGCAGUCGGGCAACUGCCAGCAUUCCAAGUUCAGUAUCUAGCAGUGGACCUUCAUCAACAUCCAGCUUACCAUCGUUAUCAUCAAUUGGAAGCGAAAACCGUAUUCCAUUAGCACCCGAUCGUCCAAAAUGCAACAGUAUUCUUCACUUAUUUGGCGAAUGGUUAUUCCAAGCCGCGUUUAUUGGCACUGAACUUACCCAAAGACAAAGUACCUCUGACAAACGACCAAGCUCCAUUGUAAUGGAACAGAAAACAUCGGUGAGUUCAAUGGGUUCCAUCAACGACCCAGAAAUACCGGCUAAUCUUACAAUUGACAAAUACGAGAGUGGUCGAGCGGAAGCACUAGGCACGCUAUGCCGUAUUAUGUGUUCGAAAAAAACCGGCGAAGAAAUACUGCCGGUUUAUUUGGCACGCUUUUAUCUCGCCGUACAACAAGGCCUCAAAGUGGCAGCACAACACAAGGAUUGUGGUGAGACGGUCAUUGCUAUUCUUAUGAAUUCAUCCGAUUUGUUCCGACUGGAUCUGGAUGGUGUUCGUAUACUUAUUCCGGACUAUAUUAACGCUUUGGAGAUUGUCCUCCCGGAUAAAAAUAUGAAAUUUGCGACAAAUGUGGCGAAGAACGAAUUGCGCAAGGCUUCAAUACAUCUACUUCUCUCUAUGUUGGUGUUACCUCUACACUUUCAAAAUAUUACCAUCAAGGAAUUAAUAAGCACUGGAUCUACUGAUAGGCCUACCACGUUCGGCCAAUUAAAACCGCGUUUGAUGAAUUUGGUAAUGAACGCACUACAAGUGGAGAAUGAUCCGCAAAAUACGCAUAUGCUGUUAGGCGGUUUGUUUUUGUGCGUGCAAGACGCGUCUGUUUACGAGAAGGUAGAGCAAGUUACCCAACCGUCAUCGGAGCAGACGACGAAUCUCUUAAGUUCGGUUUCGGACACGUCGAGUACCAUAAGCAGUUCGUAUUCAGACUCAUUUAUAAGUCCGGAUCUAUCCGAUAUCCAAACGCCAGAUUCCGCACACGGAUUGUUCGUUAGAGCGACUUAUUUAGUAUGUCAUCGAUUGAUUUCAUCAUGGAAAUCCGAUCUUAAUAUUUCACUAGCCGCUUUGGAGCUGCUGUCGGGUUUAGCAAGGAUUCACAUUAAAGAUUCUGAUGGUAAAAUAAAAGAUGCGUGUGUUAGAGCUGUAAAAUGGAUCUGCGAUUACAUUGUCCAACAAUGUUCGCGUCCCCCGCAAGCACAUUCCAAAGAUUUGCAUUCCACAAUCGUCGCUGCAUUCCAAUGCUGCCUUGUUUGGUUACUUGAGCAUCCGUAUCUUCUACAUGACAAAGAAUGUCUCACCAGAGUUCUUGAAGUAUCAGAGCUGGGCGUCUCCGGCACGAAAUCUGUAGGCAAACCAGGCGAAAAAAUCAAAAUGAAGGAAGAUAAAGAGUUGAAACCCGUUUCAAUGCGAGUGCGUGAUGCCGCCGAAAAUUUACUUACCUGUAUUCUGGAACAAGUCGGCUACUUUCCUAGCGAGUGUGGUCCUGAAUCCAUUAGCAGUCUGCUUGAUGAAGCUUUACUGUUACAACAUUGUAAUUCAUGGCCAAGCGGUUGCACAAAUCAAGAAAAGGCGGUUGAACGAUUCCGUUACUUUAUUUCGGAUAAUGUCAUGCUCGCGUUAUUAGAGGAACCGCUUGGUAAUGAUCAGGAUCCACAACCGACGGUGACGGUGCUAAUUCGGGGACCAUUUGGCAGACACGCAUGGACUAUGCAGUUGAGACAUCUUCCCCGUCAUAAAUCUGGAACGAAAUAUCAUGCACCCACUAUGGGUAGACCAGUGGUGAUGCAGGAUGCACCUGUUAGACACACUGUCCGACAGAAAUAUUUCCCGGAUAGUGUGGAUCGGGUGCAGCAGUGCAAGGUAGAUCAGAGUAUUCCUACCUUGGAGUCUGUUUUCGCUGGUAACGAGAAAGCAAAUGACGAGACCAAUAAGCUUGCUCAGUUGAUUGGUAAGCAAGCCGGUUGUGAAGUUGAAAUGGAGGCGCAAGUGGAGCAGUCGGAGUGUUCACCACCCAGUGUUGUGCAUGAAUUUCAAACCGCUAGAUUAUUUCUUUCACAUUUCGGUUUGCUUAAUCUAGACAACGAUCCCGAUGGAAAUGGUCCGUCGUUAAUUGCGAUUGACAGCAGCUCCUCGGAAUUCUGUAAGGAUCUCUCCAGUUUGGAUGCGAUGAGUCCACGCACCUGUGAUACAGUUCACGUAUUUUACGUGAAAUCACAGCAGACCAAUGUCCAAGACAUUUUGGCCAAUGCUCUUGUUGAUAAUGCGCAUGCACAGUCGCCGUACUUUACAGAGUUUUUAAAAUCAUUGGGUUGGGUUGUUAAUGUAGCCGUGCAUCCUGGAUGGACAGGACACGUGUCUACUAGUUGGGUGAUUUCGAACGCUGAGAGUGUUCCAGCCACCGGAGUGUAUGAUGGACAAUCACAAGUAUUAUAUUGGGCGGAUGCUUGUUCCGAGAUUGCAUUUGUUAUGCCAUCGAUGCUGAAACCGUUUGUUGAUGCGGAAACGCAGUAUCAAUCAGCUAGUUUAUCUUCUUGGUACGAGAGAAGUUUAUCUGAACAAUCCGGUCGGGAGAAGCGUACAUUAUCAUUAGACUUGGAUAAACAAUCGGUGCCCGUCAGACGUCUUACACAGAGAUCUAGUGUACAUCCCCCUACCAACACGAAAAUAAUGAUUGUUUGGUUGGAAAGUUACGAGGAUCAUUUAAAAGUCCCUAUUGAUGAUUUGUUAAAUAGCAUGCACACUGGUUUAGAGACGGCUCCCACACGUCCAUCGGAUGUGCUUGUUAUAUACUUGCAUUUGAUGACUUCCGGUUUGUUCCGUGUGCACUUGCAAGGUCCUUGCGGGCGCGUUGGAAUGGCAUCACCCUUGGUUGACAGCACAAAUCCAAACACAGGUUUGUUCCGAGGGCAAGGACCAACCGGCAGGGUUGGGUUGGCGUCUCCAUUAAUUGAUGGCAUGAUUGUCAGUCGACGAGCGUUGGGACCACUCGUACGCCAAACCACAUUGAAUAUGUCUCGUCGUCGUCGCUUGGAUUCGGAUAGUUAUCAGCCACCGCAUGUUCGUCGUCGAUUCAAAAUUCAGGACAUUGUUCAAAAAUACAAACGUGAGAUGACACCGCCGGAAUUACUUACAUAUUUAUUCAGCAAUCCUUAGAUAAGUAUUAUUUACACAGCUUUAAUAUAUUUAUUACAAGUA